CCUGGUCUGAGCCCACAGUCGCUCUAUAGCUCCAUCCUACCGCGCCAGCGCCACAUAGGGCCAGUACCCGGUGGGGACUCGGCACCCGGCCGAGUGCGCCUCCCUCUCGGGUCCCUUCUGGGCGUGGCUGAGCGAGGCGCACGAGGCGAGCCGAGGGCUCAGCGCCACCUCGACUGACUCUCCAGUGGAGCCCGGUGCCCUCGUCCCCCAUCUCCGUUCAUUGUACGCAGCGAGGAAAGAAGAAGCCGUCGCAGGACCACGCGUAUCUACAGUUCUCUGUUGCUUUUUCUUGCACAUCCCUAGCUGCCUGACAUCCAUUCAAGCAGGCAGGCAUGGGGUGUUUGGGCAACAGCAAGACCGCAGAAGACCAGGGCGUCGAUGAAAAAGAGCGACGCGAGGCCAACAAAAAGAUUGAGAAGCAGUUGCAGAAAGAGCGCCUGGCUUACAAAGCGACUCACCGCCUGCUGCUACUGGGGGCUGGUGAGUCUGGAAAAAGCACUAUCGUCAAACAAAUGAGGAUUCUGCAUGUCAAUGGAUUUAAUCCUGAAGAAAAGAAACAGAAAAUUCUGGACAUCCGAAAAAAUGUUAAAGAUGCUAUCGUGACAAUCGUUUCAGCAAUGAGUACUAUAAUACCUCCAGUUCCACUGGCCAACCCCGAAAACCAGUUUCGGUCAGACUAUAUUAAGAGCAUAGCUCCUAUCACUGAUUUCGAGUACUCCCAGGAAUUCUUUGAUCAUGUGAAAAAGCUCUGGGAUGACGAAGGAGUGAAGGCAUGCUUUGAGAGAUCCAACGAAUACCAGCUGAUCGACUGUGCACAGUACUUCCUGGAAAGAAUCGACAGUGUCAGCUUGGUUGACUACACACCCACAGACCAGGACCUCCUCAGAUGCAGGGUUCUGACAUCAGGAAUUUUUGAGACACGAUUCCAAGUCGACAAAGUGAACUUCCACAUGUUUGACGUUGGCGGCCAGAGGGACGAGAGAAGAAAAUGGAUCCAGUGCUUUAACGAUGUCACUGCUAUCAUUUACGUCGCGGCCUGCAGUAGCUACAACAUGGUGAUUCGGGAAGAUAACAACACCAACAGGCUGAGAGAAUCCUUGGACCUCUUCGAAAGCAUCUGGAACAACAGGUGGUUACGAACCAUUUCUAUCAUCCUGUUCUUGAACAAACAAGAUAUGCUGGCAGAAAAAGUCUUGGCAGGCAAAUCAAAAAUUGAAGACUAUUUCCCAGAGUAUGCAAAUUAUACCGUUCCUGAAGAUGCAACACCAGAUGCUGGAGAAGAUCCCAAAGUUACAAGAGCCAAGUUCUUUAUUCGGGAUCUGUUUUUGAGGAUCAGCACGGCCACGGGAGACGGCAAACAUUACUGCUACCCUCACUUCACCUGCGCCGUGGACACCGAGAACAUCCGCAGGGUGUUCAACGACUGCCGUGACAUCAUCCAGCGGAUGCACCUCAAACAGUACGAACUCUUGUGAGGGCCACCUCCCCCUCACUCUGCCGCUUCCCACAGCGACCCGUUCCUCGGGACUAGACCGCCUGUCUGCCAGCCCCAUGCCCUGGUAGAAUGAACCUAGUGAGUUCCUCGUGUCUUCUGGCUGCCGUCUGUCCUGUUCUGUGUACACCCGAGUGUGACCACCAAGCCUCUGGCUACCUCCAUUUCCCUCAGGUUUGGUUUUGUAGCUUUUGUUUUCACUGACCACCACCUUUUCCCCCUCCUUCCAUCCAUCCAUGUCCUUGCAAACCGUCUACUCCCUCUUGGAUGACACUGCAGCAAAAUCUCUCUGGGCGGGGCCCCUUCAUUCGUUCAUCCAUUAUUGAGCCACACUCUUUGCAACUGUCCCUUUACGAAGCUGCUCCUUCUGAUCUGAUUGGUCCAAGGCAUAGUGUAGACCCCCAAGGGACCAAGAGAAACCCUUUUCCAGUCCCAUUUAGAAUCGCUGCCAGCCUCAGGCAUUUGAAUUAGAGCUACCUUAAGUCCUUUACACUUAGGCAGAAAACCUACCAUACUCCAAACUCUCCCGUCCUGUCUAAAACCAUUCUCUAGACUUUCACUAUACUUGGGCAGUCUUUCAUAUAUUCUUUUUCUUGUUCUACGCUGGUUUAUUACAAUGUACAGACUAUAAAAUGUAAUAUUCUUUUGUAUAACUACUAACGAGAAAUCCUUGUAAAUCCUGUGCCUUGACCAUGGCUAUUCCUGUAAAAGAAAUGUGUUUUGAUUGUGCUGAACAGCUUAAUGUCAACAUUAUCCACCGCUUACUCUGAAAAGGGAAUGAAUGGUAUUUGUAGAGUUUAGGACAUUUUAUCAGGUUAGUAUUUUAUUGAAAAAUUAUAAAAUUUUAAAAAUGAUAAAUUAUAUGCAUCAGCUACAUCACAGUUGUUGGAACCAACCACUUUUAUUUCUGUGAGCCUUAAAAACCUGAACUUAGUUCAAGAGUACAAAUUGCAACCUGAUCUUCUUUCAGGAAACCAGAGAUUCUUUUCUCUUCCAUCUGUUUCUUGAUUACUUUGCUAGUUAAAGACUCCUGCAAGUUUCCUGAGUAUAAAUAGAUCAACCAUUCCCUUAGUCAAAACUUUGGACACAGGGCCCUUUAUCCAAGUAAGCCAAUAGCAAGAAAAACAGGUAUCAAUGUUUGUGUCUGACCUAGGAGAAUAAGAGUAUCUUCAUUUGUCUUUCAAAGAAGAAGUGUUUCAAUAUGUAUGGCUGUAUCUCACACUUGCAAAAUCUGCAAAUGCAGUUUCAAAAGUCAUGGUGUGGUCCCAUACCUAGAAAGGAAGCACUGCUGUGGCCGGGAUGCAUACGCCACUCGCAAUGGCUUUAGGGCAUUUUCGUAGGUCUGAGACAUUCUGUAAAGAUGUCCAAAGUGAAAUUUUCAACAAUUCAAAUCCAGAAAAGUGACAGCCGACAUUACUUCAUUCAUUUUUCUAAUCUUUAGUCUUUAUUUAGUAUUUUAAAUAUUACUCUAUAAAUCAGCAUUUUUAUCCUUUAUAAAUCAUCCAGAUUUAAAUAUUACUCUUUCAUAAGAUGACAACUUUGUAGACAGUGCAACAAACACAUAUUUCAUACCAUCUUCCAGCUCCUCCAAUCCUCAAAUGCCUCAUGACAUUAAAGAAAAAAAAAAAAAUCAGUUGAAUUGA